AUGACGCAACUACACCCGCUAUCGGUCCCCCACGUCUUCGACACGAUCAUUGACUCUGCCGCGCCCGAGUCGCUCCCGACGCUGCGCCAAGUGUGCCACCUCUUCCGCCACCGGGUGGACAAGCGCCUCGCCUCUCAGCUGAGCUACACCCGCCCCGCCGCCAUCAGCAAGCGCGGAAGUUUGCGCAGUUCCGUGUGUCCCUCAGUCUGGCGCCCAUGCUGGCAGCAAUCGUCCGACGUGCGCCUUAUUGACUUCACCUUCGAGCGCACCGGCCACUUUAUCGACUCGCGCCUCUGGCACGAACGCAAGUCGGUGCCGCGGUAUCCGAACCUGAAGUAUGCCCGCUUCCUCCACGCCCCGGCGUGCAUGACGCCAGACCCCGAGGAGGAUGAGGACAUGCGAAUGCAGCCGCUUCCGACAGUGAUCGUGCCCCGCGUCGCUGGCUGCGACUACGCCAAGCGCCGCGGUGGCAUGGACACCGUCUUCGUCCACAAGGGCACGAAGCACGUAACCUUCCCGACUGCUGCGAAGCCGACCGACUCUGUGUGGGAGACCAAGCUCCAGGUCUCUCCUCGCCAGAGCGUUGACGUCACGAUCCUCGUCCUCGACCGCCCUGAGCAGGAUGCGGCUGCCACUGAGACAAAGGAGGACAGGACAACCCUCCCCAUGCUCCAGGCCACGGUGCGCCAGCUGAUGGAGGAGCAUUACGCUGGUCACCUCUCGUCUGCCUCGCUCGUCGGACUUGAGAACUGGCGCACCUCGAUUCCCACUCUGUCCGAUAAGCAGUGGGACGCCCUCAUAGCCCGCCGCAUCCGCGAGACUGCUGAGAGGGGAGAGUAUGCCGACUUCGACGUCUCAGCCUUCCUCUCUGCAGUCAAGGUCAAGAGCACGACUGAGUGGCGCGAGGAGGUCGGGGAGGAGGAGUACGAGCUUUCUGAGAGCGCCUACGACCCGCACCGCGCAUGGCUCAUCCAGGAGUGCGGAUGGGAUCCGAAGGCGGUUAAGGUUGAGCCAGUGCCCCAGACCCGCCCGACGUCGUCCGACCCUAGAUUAGCCUUUAACACCUAG